AGGGCAGGGCAGGGCAGGGCGGGGGCGCCGCUUUCGGCCGAGGGGGCUGGAGAGGGGCCCGGCCGGGAGUCCCCCCGCCUCCCUGCUGAAAUGCUGGAGAGCUACCCGACUGCCUCUCCCCGGCAGGCCAUGCUGGAGAGCGACCCCCCCUUUGCCAUGUCCGGCCUCGUCGGGAACCCGGGACCGGCCCGCCGCCCCUCCCCGCCGGACUACAGACUGUUGGGCUCGGACCCCUCCCGUCUGAGCGAAGAUGACUUCCCCGGCGAUUUGCAGUCUCUCUCGUGGCUGACCUCCGUUGACGUCCCUCGGCUGCAGCAGAUGACCAACGGAAGGAUGGAUUUUGGCAUCACUUCCCAGAAUGUGGUCCUGCAGCAGACAGGUGCCAUGCACACCUCGGGGGCUCCAAGAGCGACACCUCACGUACAAGCCAGCGCGUCUCCAAACAUUCUAGGAGUUAACACCGUCUCGCCCCACGAAAGCAACAUAAGUCCAUAUGUGGUGGGGAGGCAGUCAUCCCCCAGCCUUCAGCUGCAGCUGGCCCCGCUCUUCCCCACUCCCUCCUGCCACACCCAGCAGAUCUUCACCAUCACCCACAGCACACAACAGUGCAAUCCAGUGACCAUCUACAGCACCUCUUAUGGCUCCCCCGCCCACUUUCCCCAGCCCCGCCUGGCUCCUCACGCAGCCCAGGAGCUGCACACCAAGCAGUACCCCAAGCCCAUCUAUUCCUACAGCUGCCUGAUCGCCAUGGCCCUGAAGAACAGCAAGACGGGCAGCCUCCCUGUGAGCGAGAUCUACGGCUUCAUGAAGGAGCACUUCCCCUAUUUCAAGACAGCCCCCGAUGGCUGGAAGAACUCCGUGCGGCACAACCUGUCCCUGAACAAGUGCUUCGAGAAAGUCGAGAACAAGGCGAGCAGCUCCUCACGCAAGGGCUGCCUCUGGGCCCUCAAUCCCGCCAAGAUAGACAAGAUGGAGGAGGAGAUGCAGAAGUGGAAGAGGAAAGACCCCGCCGCCAUUCGCAGGAGCAUGGCAAACCCAGACGAACUGGACAAGCUGAUCACUGACCGCCCUGCUGGCUGCAGGAGGCCCGGCAAGCUGGCGGAGGCCGAAGUGUCCAUGCGCAGCCACGGGGCAGCGGCUGCUCAGGGCCACCUGCUGCAGGUGCAGCCCCAGCCGAUGAGGAUGCCGUCCUUGCAGUCCGUCCGGCUUCACCGGCAGAUCCAGCCCCAGGCGUGCUUGGCCCCAGACUCGCCGGCCCCUGCACAGACACCCCCGCUUCACGCCCUUCCUGGCGUCCACCACAGCCCCCUCCCUCACCACCUGGUGAGCCGCAGCCCCGAUUUUCUCAACGUGAUGACUGACCUGAGCACUGAGGUGGACGCCCUCGAUCCCAGCAUUAUGGACUUUGCACUCCAAGGGAACCUCUGGGAGGAGAAGGAGGAGGACGGCUUCAACCUGGAAUCCCUGGGUGCCUUCAGCAACUCCCCCCUGGCGCUCUCCGACUGCGACCUGGUGCCUGCCAGCCUGCCCCCUGCCCCCAGUGCCAGCCACCACUCCUUUGCAGACUUGCAGGUGACGGGCCUCUACACAACCUACGCCACGCUGGAUGCCGUCUCCCCCACACAGUACCGGAGCCCUCAAGGGAACAAACCCAUCGCUCUGCUCUGAAAGCCCCAUUACACCCGGACUGGGCAACCUUGUCGUGCUCGCAGACCCCCCCCAAGUGAGUGCCAGGUCUUGUGGGGGUCACGCUGACUGUGUGAAAACCAGGCCUCCCCCAUUUUCAGCCUAUCAACCAAGGUUGCAAGACCACCUUAUGGUCUUGAGAGUACUAAACGAAAGCAGCCUGCACUCUUAAGACAAAAGCCCAUCUUUUAAGAAAUCCGGUGGGGGUGGGCAGCUUCGACACAGACCUGAUUUCGCUACUGGACUGGUAGGAAGCACGCAGCGUGCUUCUUCAUCAGAACCUAGAUAGCAUUUUAAUUUAUUGUGGGAUUUUUUUGGGAGGGGGGAGGGCAGCAAGAACAGAAAAGUAGCCUUUCUCAGAAGAGCAAAAUCAAAAGGGGCUAGAAAAUUUAAAUGAACUCUAUCCAAAGGAAAUAUGAAAUAUACACCCUCCUCCCCAGGUGCUCUUAGUUGUCCAUUAGGUUUCUGAUGCUCUCUGAGCUCAUCAAAGCCCCCUUGCCCAAUUCCUUAUCCGAAGGAGACCCCCGCCUCGCCCCCUUGCCUUGAGAUCAGCCAAGCCUCUCUUCUUUUGGCUACAUCUUUUGGGGGGACUUUUGGGACUUUGUGUCUUGAUUAAGCUCUUAUUUGUUUCCUUCCUACUGGUAAGUACUGUGAAAUUGUUCCGAGCCCCCCCUCCCCUCCCACCUCCCCCGUCGCUCAUGGCUGCCCUGCCUGUCCAGUCCUGCUUUCCAGAGGUUCUUCGGGAGCUUUUCCUCAGAUUCACAGCUGACUCCGGCUGAAUUGUCUACCUCCCAGAGUCCUCUUUCCAGGCCUCGGAAGUUCUGCACGAGAGAGGAAUUUUAGUCCUAGACAUACCCACUAGGCCCGCCUCCCCUCCCCUCGCAGGACCAUUAACCCUGUUUCGAGCUUUGACUGUAAAAGUUGCAGACUGGAAAAAGGAUGUUUUUAAUAGCAAGAGCAGAAAAAGUCCUGGGUUCCAGGAUAAAUGAUAUACUAAAUGAGAAUUUUUUUUACCUUGAAUAGAUUAUUAGGAUUAACAAGCUUACUAUAGAUUUUUUGAAAAAAAAAAUACUAGAGAUUAGGAUUAGGAAGUUUGUUGAUUCUUGGGCUAAGCAGUAUUACUGUUUGUAAAUUUUAUUUAUAAUUUAUUUUUAUGAGAACAAAAAGGGGAUUUUUAUGCUCAGCACUGACUUUUGAAAAACACUGUAAUAUUUUUUUACUUAAUUAUUCAAACUGCAGCAAACUGUUUUAAAAAUCACCAGGAUACUUUGGACAUUUUUAAACUCCAAUUUCAAAAGAAGCACUUUGGAUGUACUCACUGUAGUCGUAACAUUUUCUGUGAAAGACCAAGCCUAGUUUUAGGCAGAAAGCUUUUCUACAACUGACAUAAAAAUGUUAUUUUUUUUUGCAGCUCAGCCCUGAACAUUUACUUAGAAAUAUAUCAUGCAUUAAUCUUUGUUUACUGUUUGUUUUAAAAAUAACCACUAAUAGGAGAUGCUGCACAUUGCAGUUAAGACCUUCUGAUUUAGCAUGUAAGCUAUCAAUACCAGGUUAACUUUGAUUUAAUAUUUAUUUUCAAACACCUUUUUACUGUGAAUAGGGUUUUAAUCAUUUCUUCUGUUGUCUCAGAAUUGCACCUACUUCAGUUUGAAAGAAAUGAGGCCAAACAAUACUGUUCAAGAAAAUUGCAUGUACCCCUGAAAGUGCAAAGGCUCUCUUCACCCUCCAGGUCGCCCUGGAGAUCUUAGCGAAGGGGAGCCGAGUUCCAUGGGGACAGCACCAUUUUCUCCAGCAAAGCCCAGGGCCUUUCAAGUAUGCUGUUCCCACGACAGCCUUCCCCAGG